GUGGCAAGGAGCCUCGUGGUACAUGCAGCACCAUGGCGCUGGUGGCGGAGCGCAUGAGGCGGGUCGCUCUGGCCGCCGCGGCUGCUGUCGAGUCUUCCUUCUGGACCCGUGCUUCUUCCCCUGUUGCCCGCGGCAAAGGACUUCUCGCUGCUGAGGGCGCCGCCAGCGAGCUAGCUGGGGCCAGUUCCGAGGGGUCUUCUGAAGUUUGGGGAAACAGAGAAAGCGGAAGACGGGGAGGGUUUCCGGGCGUGGUACAUGCGAAAGAUGUGGGGAAAGGUGGUGGUCAGGGCAGGGGUUGGUUGAGCAGUCUCCCUUUGCUCGGCAGCACAUCUAGUCAUGUGUCAGUUCAGGUGCCAGGAAUGCAGCAUCAGGCUUGGCACCAAAGAAACGGACACAAAGUUUCUCAUAAGCUCUCAAUGGACUUUGGCGUAACUGGCCAGCGACGGGGGAUUACUUCUUUACCACAUUUGGGAGGGGUGGCAGCCCCUGCGAUUCGGGAGGAGAGGGUUGGGUUGUACGGCUACAAUGGGCUGAUGGACCCCCAGGGGUUUAGGGUUUUGGUUCGGGAGGCCAUUGAAACUUCCGAGGGGAUCAUCCACGACAUUCGGCAUGCGGCGCCGUCCGUCGCCAUUGUAAGGGGGCUGGACGACAUUUCAAAUACGGUGUGUACCGUCUUGGACGCGGCGGAGCUCUGCAGGAACACCCACCCGGACAGGGAAUGGGUGGAGGAGGCUGACCGUGCCUAUUUGGAGCUCUCCCGCUACGUCCAGUCGCUCAACACCAACACGACGCUGUUUGGCGCCCUGGUAUCCGCCAUGGAGGGGGGGUGCAUCGAGGGCGAGGAAGCCAGCCGCGUCGCGGCGAUGCUGCGCAUGGAUUUCGAGCGUGGGGGUAUCUAUCUUCCGGAGGAAAAGCGGGCGCAGGUGGAGGCGCUCAAUAACAGGAGCACGCGCCUCGGCAUGCAAUUCGGCGCGAAUAUCAUCAACGACAGCGGGUUUGUGGACAUCUACCCCGCCAGCCGGUUACGGAACGUGCCCAUUACAGUACAGUCCACGCUGCAACGCGUGCAGAAGCAAGACUGGCCCGGCGUGGUCCGCACCGGAACCCGAGUGCCCACCGACCCCAUGACAGUGCAGUCCGUGCUCAAAUGGGUGGAGGAGCCCGAAGUGCGGCGGCAGGUCUACCUCGCUGGGCACAGCACCCCCCGCGCCAACCUGCCCGUUCUCGACGAGCUCAUCGCCACGCGCCACGAAGUUGCGCAGCUGCUCGGCUUCAAUUCGUACGCAGACUUCUUUCUUCGCCCGCUCAUGGCGCGCACGCCGGAUGCGGUGGUUACAUUCUUGGAGACGCUGAGCACCGAGCUCAAGGGCCCCGCUGAGAAGGAAUUUGCCCUGUUGUCCCAAGUCAAGCAGCAGUACGAGCCCGGGUCGCCCGUCCGCAGCUGGGACCGGGGCUACUACGUUGGCUUGCUCAAGGCCAAAGCCCACAAUCUAGAUGCACGGGUGAUCGCCGAGUACUUUUCGCUGGAGCACUGCCUGGCGGGGCUUGCUUUGCUGACGAGCCGGCUGUUCGGCAUGGCGCUACGCGAGGUGCCCCUAGCCCCUGGGGAGGGCUGGGCCAACGGCGUGCGCAAGUUCGUGCUGACGCACCAGGAUGAGGGCGUGCUUGGCGUGAUUUACCUGGACCUCUUUCCCCGCACCGGCAAGUACACGCACGCGGCACACUUCACGCUGCGCUGCGGGCGCAGGCAAGGCGACCACGACUGGCAGCUGCCGGCUGUGGCGCUCGUCUGCAACCUGCCGCCCCCGCAGAACGGCGCCCCUUCCUUGCUGAGCCACGGCGAGGUGGAGACCAUGUUCCACGAGUUUGGGCACGCGCUGCACACGCUGCUCUCACGUACGGAGUACCAGCACUUGUCGGGCACGCGGGGCAAGCUCGAUUUCAUAGAGACGCCCUCGAACCUGCUUGAGUUGUUUGUGGACGAUCACCGCGUGCUGCGCCACUUUGCGCGGCACUACUCCACGGGGGAGGCCAUUCCGCCCGAGGUCGUCUCCGGGCUGCGGCAGAGCAAGCGCAUGUUCUCGGCGAUGGACCUGCAGGUUCAGGUCGUUUAUUCGUUGAUGGACCAGGCAUUCUUCGGUCCUCAGUCGGUUGGCGGGGUGGACACGACAGCGGUGAUAGCGCAGUUGCAGGAGCAGCACACGCCGAUUGGCCACGUGGAGGGCACGUGCUGGCAGGCGCGGUUUAACCACCUGGUUGGUUAUGGAGCAGGUUACUACAGCUAUCUGUAUGCCAAGGCGUUCUCGUCCGAGCUGUGGGCGCAGUAUUUUGCCGCUGACCCGCUGAACCGAGAGGCCGGCGAAAUGCUCCGAAGAGACGUUUUGCAGUAUGGUGGGUCGAGGGAUCCCCUCAGGAUCCUGAAGCAUGUUCUGGGGGAACAUAGCAUGAAGGAGACUGGUUCGGGGGGCAUUGUACCAAAUACGGAAAGCAUGAUGAUCAACUACGGAUUGUAGAGCCGAGGGGAAAUGUCAUCUGUAUAAUAGAGUCAAGGUCGUAUUCAGGGGUUUCGUCGAGCACGUAGGAACACGGAUGAUUGCAAGGUGGUGUGUGCGGGCGCCAUCUCCGAUGUACUUCUGACAGAGUGUCGUUGCUCGAUACGGUCAGGUCACGUUCAUCCCGAUUCAAGCGGUGUUGCAGCACGGUAUUACCUUUAUCCUGGGUUGCUCGAUGCAAUCUGAUGGCUAUUGUCUUGCAGUAACGCGAAUUGUCGUGACCAAGUUCAUGUUCCUGGUGUGUUCCUAAUUUGUC